AUGAAUGUUGAAACACAGAGCAGUUUAUAUAACAAAUUCAAACACCUAUUAGAUAAAUUGAAGUAUUAUCAAUCUACAUGCUAGAAAUAAGGAAAAGCCCCCUGUUGUCUUUACGCUUCAUGAAUUGAAUUGUGAUGACACUAAACAAUUUUUUCAAGUAACUGCGGAGCUAAUCUCAUCUGGCAUCAAUUUCGUUAUUGCUAAAGUAACACUUCAGACAAUUAUUUAAGUAAAUUGACAAGAGAAUGUGGCACAUUCUCAAGCAAUAAAUCGAUAUUGAAUUAAAGAGUAUAUCUCCAGAUGUAGAAGUAGAAAUUUAGCAAUUUUAUGAUCUUCGAAUAAAUUUCCUCAGAUCUAUUAUCAAAGAUCUGACACAAUCACAUUAACUCGGUGCAUUGAAUAAUGAUAAUGAAUUCAGAUAAUUUUUAGCUAAUUUAUAUUGCUAUGCAGGGGAAUUACAUGAGCAUCUUGGUAGGAGAUUAGAGAAGAUGAAUCAAAAGCCUAAAGAUAAUUACAAAAUCGCUGAUUUAUUCUACAAUAAGGCAAUUUCAAUUUAUCCCUUUUAAGGGAAAUACUACUUCUUGAUAGCUACCUUAAUGAGAUAAUUUUAAGACACGUUCAAUGCAGUAUGCAAUCUGCAGAAAGCCUAUUUUGCCCAAAUACCUUACAAUUGCAAGGAGAACAUGAAUGAAGUCUUUGAAAUAAACAGGACUCACUUCAAUGAUUGGGCUAAACAUGUCAAGCCUGCAAGUGAAUUGGAUAGGGAUACAUACUUAAGAACUUUUAUGGUGUACUUAAUAAGAUUCAAUACGAUUGUUGUAUGAAAUUAGAAUUAAUUUAGUUUACUAAAAUUGGAUUCGAAGAGUUGACUUAGUUAACUAAUAUGUUUUUUCAUUUGCAAGAGUAUUUCAAUAUCAUCAAAACUAAUGUGCACAGUGAUUAUAAGCAAUAAUAUCAAUUGUUGUUGAAAGUCAUAAUGAUGACAAACUUUGGUUUGCACAACAGCAUAACUACAUUCUAAUUGAAAACUGUUCAAGAAAUCAAUGAUAAUGAUUUAGUGAGAGAAUCCAUCAAAUAUGUAUUUGGAUUGUAUGUCAAUUCACUUGAUUUUAUAUUAAAAUAUUUGCUUCAGAAUUCGAUGAAGAAUUUAGAUCAAGUGCCUCCAGUGACAUUUUUAUAAUUGAUAAUUCCAAUCAUCUACUAUUUAUAUGAUUAACCUUUGAUUUGUACUUAUUUGUUGUCUGCAUACCCUAGUUUAAAUGAUAAAUUGGCAUAGAUCUUUUUAUAUUCAAGAUAGAACUUGUAUUAGGCAGAGAAUAUGGGAACCGAUUUAUUUCAAUUUCAAACUCAAUUGAAUAAGCAAUUUCACAACUUUUUGUUUCCAUUUGAAGUACCUUUAGUAGGAUUCACUUGCUAUAAUCAUGUUCUACAGACAUUCAAACAACAAUCUUCAAUCUAUAAAGAUGAAGACAGUUAGACAUCAAUAAUAUUGUUUUAUGUUUGUGAACAAAUAAUAUAAUAAUUGCCUGGCAUUUAAAUAUCGAAUGUGAAGGAACCAAAGUGGGAAUAAGAAAUUCCAAAAGAAUUGAUUAAGAAACUAAUAAUAAUUGAUGGAAUGAAUGUGGCAAUGAGAUAUGGACAGGAAUAAUCUUAGGUGGCUAAAUUUUGUUCUUAGGGAUUGAAAUGUGCCUUAGAAUUUUGGGUUAAGAGAGGACAUGAUGUUAUGAUCAUACUACCUGACUUUUGCUUUAGCGAGAGCGAGAUAAGUAAAAAGAAGCUAACAAAUGUAAUUAUUGAGUAGAUAUUCUUUAGUAAAACAAUGUUAACAAAUUGCCUGAUGAUGUCAAGUUAUUAUUGGAGAUGAAGAACAAAGGGUAUGCCUAUGGAGUUCCCAAUUGGAAUUACGAUGACUCUUAUAUGAUUCAAUAUGCUAGAGAAAAGGGAGGGUUGAUUUUGACCAAUGAUCGAUAUAAUGAUCACAUUAGAGCUCUGGAAUCCAAUAUUGUAGAGAGGGAAAGGUUGAAGGAGUGGAUCAGAAACAAUUGUAUCAGUUAUACCUUUCUGUAAAAUGAAUUGGUUCCCAAUCCUGAUCAAUUAAAGAGAAUUUGA